AUGGACGAAUCGUCAAUCACCACGCCCCUGCUCGCGCCUCCCAGCGGAUUACCCACACCAGCUGCAUAUGGCCGAACACAGGAUCACAAUGCACUCUUCUACAUCCGUGGCUUCCUCCUCGCCUACCUCAUUGCCGCCAGCAUCAUGAUCCUCGACUACAAGGUGGAGCAGGAAGAGUCCAAGUUUUCGGACUGGCGCAUCAUCUUUGAGCUCGAAAUCAUCAGCUUCGGCCUUCUCCUGGCUUACCACGCGAUCGUCUUUUCCUGGACCUUUACCCACCUCUACUUCCCGCGCAUUGAAGAUCGCCGAUCCGGCUGGGAGUAUCGGGUCCUGCGGUUCCUCUCGCUUCCAGCCAACAUGAACAGCCUCCGGAAGCAGUUCUACUUUACGCUCUUCUACUUUUUAACGUCCAUCUUCGCCAUCAUCAACACGAUGCUGUACUUUCUCGUCACGCUGCCUCACGCAGGCUCUGGGGAUGACAGCUCACCUGCUGAGCCAGAACCUUCGGGUCUGGGCAUGUCAAAGUCGCCCGCAGAGCUUCGAGACUUUGGCAUCAGUCAGUCACCUCUUCUGCCUUACGGCACUGCCGGAAAGACGCCACUCACGGACAUGUUUGGUGAGGGUUGGUUUGAGGCUUUUGCAAUACUGAACCUCUUCGUCAUCUCCACUUUGAUAGUUCUCGUCGAGAUUCUGUUUCUCAACAGCGUCAAGCGUCCGUAUGCCAUUGGUGCCCACAUCUUCGGGCUCCUUUUCCUUUCCGGGCUCUACGUAGCUUGGGCUGCUGUUGGCAGGACCGUCACGGGAACCGGUCCUUUCUGGCUAGACGGUGAUGAGGCAGGUUCGCGGGAGGCUGUUGUCGCAAACACGAUUGGUUUCGUCGUGCUGUCGCCGAUCAUAUUUGCCCUCGUCUACGGCUUUAUCGCGAUUCGAGAGACGAUUGUCAAGUCAUUCCAGCUUUCUCGCAUGCGAAUUGCUGCCGCCGCCGCUCGCGAUGAUUAA